GUGCAUUAAACACCUUGUUUGGGGAUAGAACUUGGAGCCCUCUGCUCUUACUGGCUUCAGUGUUUUACCUCUGUGCGACAUGGCACUCAUAUCCUUUUCAGAGAAUUCAGCUUCAUCCAAGCAACCCUCCACAACCGAGCUUCGUUUCUACGCAUGUUCUGGAAGUCCUUUCGUUACAUCGGCAAAAAUGGAGAUCUGCUGGCAGUGAAAGAAUACCACGCACUUCUUAAGCUUCUCUCUCCAGAUUUUCCACUGGACCUCACCCAGAAGGCAGCCAGGAUUGUGCUGAUGGAUGAUGCUAUGGAUUGCCUGAUGUCUUUUUCUGACUUCAUUUAUGCCUUUCAGAUUCAGUUUUACUACACUGAGUUUCUGGAAAAUGUGUCUGCCAUCUAUCAGGAUUUGCUGUCUGGUAAGAAUCCUAAGGCAGUGAUUGUACCAACUUCGUCGUCUUUGAACUGUCGACAGCGGCAGGCAUCAAGUGAAAGUGCUGCCACAGCCCAGGAAGGGGUCGAUGUACUGCAGUUCUGUGAAUGCCUUGAAACGCUCUGUGAAAGAUGCAAGUGGAACUACCCCCCAGUGGAUCAUAUCAAGGAAAUUUUUCUCAAUGUGCAGCGAGUCACUUUCUAUGGGUUUCUUAUGGCUCUUGCAAAGAGUGAUGAAAUUAACAAAGUUAUAGGUGCACUACCUAGCAAAGCAGAUUUGCUGAUAGAUGCCGAGAUGGACCGAGAAUUAGACAAAAGCAUUGCCAAGUUAUCUGCAGGAUCAGUCAUGGGCAGCCAUAGUGCUGGAAGCACUGCUGGUGGUGUUCCCAAGGAGCCAGCCAGGAUUACAUCACCUUAUAAAGUUCUGCGUCGCCGUCACCGGAGAGCAGAUGCAGAAAGUGAUGCUUCCACCGAAACUGAUUCAUCAGAGAACUGAAACCCUCCACUCAUGGUCAAAUACAGUGGACACACAUAUCAUGUUUUUGUUGCUGUCACCAUAUAGACAUAAAAUAGUUCACACUUCAUCUGCUAGAGUACCUGGACAUAACAAACUGUAUAUCAUCACAUCUGUUUCAAAAUGUACCGAAGAUUAUCUCAUAGGCAGUGGCUAUGAAAAGAAUGGGCAGAUGAACUGCUUUAUCAUUGUUAGCUGAUGGAAUAGUGCAGUGUACUUCAUAUCAGCAAAAAAACUUCCUGGUAUAUGAAUAAGUAGCUACGAAUGUCUCAUAAUAAUUCAGAAACCAGUUGGCUAUUGAAUAAAGGAUUAAUGGUUUUCUCCUGGUGAAUGAUAUGUCAGGUUUCACAACAAAACCUCCAUGUACUGAAGCUGUAAUGUUAUGCAAAGGGCCUAGACAAGGUUUGCUGCUGACGUGAAGGCAGAGUUGAAGUAUUAUAAAGAAUGUAAAGAGAGGCAACAUGUAAUGUGCAGACAAAUGGUGUGGUGAUAUUAAAAGUAUUACAGUUACAUUUAAAAAAUUAAGUCUUUGUGAAGAGGAUACAGAGAGCAGAAUAAUUUCACACUGUAUACAGCCAAGGGUUUUUGAAUACAAAAACUAUGAAAGUAAAUCCUGAAGCAAUGUAUAAAGUAUAAUAGAGAAUAAUGCACAAUUUAGUGUAUCUGUACUUUGUUAGAGUGGUAAGAAUUAGUUUUGUAGUACUGCUUAAAAUGUCAAGUCAGUCAAAGUUUAAUUUUCUUAAGGCUAGCAAUGCACUAGCAACCUGCAGUUUAAUGCUCAUGCAGUAAAUGUCAAACUAAGAAAUGUUUCUAAAAUGUUAUUAUAAAACAACUAGAAUUGAAUUGUGUUUAAAAAAAUACCACAGUUUAGAAUCUUGGGCAACAGUCUUCAGAAAGCUUUAUACUAGACAUAGCAACAUGUAUUGAUGUUCAUGGACAGAUGAUAAAAGCAGCGAGUUGAAUUGACAGUUCAUUAUAAACUGAAUCACAAGAAGCCAUCACUAGUAAAGUCUGUAAAUGUGUUAUGAUAAUCUGCAGGAAUUUAAUGUGAUUCACUAAUAACGAAGGAUGUUAAGUUGUCUAUCUCGCCUUCAUUCUUGCUGGAUGGGUUCGGAGCCGACCUCGGCUC